GGCGCGGGUAGGGCACAGCUCCUGGACUUCUGUGGGGGUGUUAGAGCUGCGGUGGCCGGGAGAGGAGUGGCCGGAGCCGCUUGAAUAUCCACAGUUCAGUUUCUCUGCCUAUCAAGAGUUCUGAUUCAACAUGGAUGAUCUGUCACCGGAAGAAAUUCAGCUGAGGGCUCACCAGGUUACUGAUGAGUCUCUGGAAAGUACAAGGAGAAUCCUGGGUUUAGCCAUUGAGUCUCAGGAUACAGGAAUCAAAACUAUCACUAUGCUGGAUGAACAAGGGGAACAACUAAACCGCAUUGAAGAAGGCAUGGACCAAAUAAAUAAAGACAUGAGGGAAGCAGAAAAGACUUUAACAGAACUCAACAAGUGCUGUGGACUUUGUGUCUGCCCAUGUAAUAGGACAAAGAACUUUGAGUCUGGUAAGGCCUAUAAGGCAACAUGGGGCGAUGGUGGAGACAACUCAUCUAGCAAUGUAAUAUCUAAGCAGCCAGGCCGGGUGACAAACGGUCAGCCUCAGCAAGCAGCCACAGGAGCAACCUCUGGAGGAUACAUUAAACGUAUAACUAAUGAUGCCAGAGAAGAUGAAAUGGAGGAGAACCUGACUCAGGUGGGCAGUAUCCUGGGAAAUCUAAAAAACAUGGCCCUGGACAUGGGCAAUGAGAUUGAGGCUCAAAAUCAACAAAUACAGCGGAUCACAGAAAAGGCUGACACCAACAAAGAUCGUAUUGAUAUUGCCAAUGCCAGAGCAAAGAAACUCAUUGACAGCUAAAGCUACUGCUGUACUUCUUUAUCAUUUAUUCACUUCCCUAGCUCCUCCUUCAAAGCCACACCUUUUCAGAAUUGAAAUUUUGGCACCAUACCAUUGUAAUCAGGAGAUAAUGUGGAGGAAGGGCCAGAACAGCCCCCCUUACUUUUUUAGUUUCUAUUUUUCUCUAGAGGGUAGACUGUGCUGCUUUCUUACAGUAUUUUCUUUCUCUGUUCAACCUCUUAGAUUGGUUUUCAUAUGUACACAUAGCGUUGUUUUUCAUCCUCAUUUAUUUUAGAAGGUUCUCUUGCUUUCAAGAUUUGAAAGCAUUGCCAAAGACAGUCAUGAAGAAGGAAGGUUUUUUUUGGCGGGGUCGGGGGGUGGGGAUAGAGGCAGGUAGAGCUAAGGGAUUGUUACCUCAGUAAAAACCUUCAGGCCUGGAAGCAAAAGUUGCGGAGUUACAGGAAAAGUUUAAUUGGGUUUAAUUUUUAAUUCAAGUUGCAGUUUUUGCCAAUUUAGGCUAAUGUUUGGUUUUGGAGCUUUUAUAUGCAGUAUUUUGUUGUACAUCACAAUUUUGCAACCUCUGCUCCAAAAUGAGGAAAAGAAUGAGUUUUCUUAAAGUCAGCUUAAUUUCUGAACUCUUAGUGAUUAAUGUAUGUACAUAGAUUUUUUGAUCCCAUUUCAUAUUGCAUUCAGAAAUACUUUGUAUAAAUGAAUAACUUUUUAUUUUCAUAUUAGUAGUAGUAUCAUGUUCCCAUUACAGGUUCUACAACCUCAUAGAUUUGUCAUUAGUCUUUGAAGAAAAAAUAUGUAAAUAUAUAUAUAUAUGUAACGUGAGAGUUUCUCUCUUGAGCAGGGCUUAAAAAUUUUCUGGAAAAGUUUGACAAAGUUUAUGAAGUGAAUUCAGAUUUACCUCAAUGCCAAGAAUUAUGUUUAGGUAGGAAAAAAGAAACUUACUUUUAUCUCAGGUAGAAAAAUAGUUUGCUUUGAACUUUAUAUAGCUUUAGAUUUUUCUUUUAAGCUAGGAUUUAUUGUUUAACUAAAAGUGAUUUGGAAAAUUAUGCCUUUGGUUUAAUUAUUGAUGAUUGCACUGUCAUUCUCUUUAGCUUUAUGUAUUAAACCACAUCCAAAUCGCAUUUGUUUAGAUCCUGAACAGUGUUAUGGGAAUUUGAUUGGUAUUUGUCACCUUUAUUUAAAAAUCAGCAUCCGCACACUUUAUAGUUACUAAUGUAUACUGGUUUGACCAGUUAACACUGCUUGAUCCUUACAAUUAAAUUUUGUAAUUUACCAGUGGAAUUGUUCUUUCAAGUAGUUAACAUGUUCCUGUGACUAUUAUUUUGGGGCAACAGAUUUAUCAGCUCUUACUUAACAACUUGAACAGUGCCUGGCAAAUUGAACAAAGCAAAAGUCUGUUAGUCAAGAAGCACUCCAAAGGAAAGCUACAUUUAACACGUUUCCAGUUUUUAUUGAAAAAUACUGACAGAUUUCCUUUGUGAUUUCUCAUGACGCUUGUUGAAACCAUUACUAGUCUUUUAUUCACUUGGGCUUAAAUACCCUAGUGACUGAAAGGAUAAUGUUUAUGAGUGAGAACUGUAACCCUCUUCCUGGAGAAGAAAUACUUAACCUGGGAAAUUUCAAAGGCUGAAGAGGAAAAUAUUUUUUAAAAGUGAGACUGAGGUUCUCUGUAAUAGAAAUCUUCCAUGCCAGAACAGGUAGUUUGGCCCUUGAUUAAAAGGCUAACUUCUUUUUUUUUUUUUUCUUUUGCUUAUCUGUGUCUAAUUUUCUUACCCUGUUACAAGUGUUUUCUGAGUAUCCUAUCUAAAAAAGUAGACACACAUACAAAGACUUGGUCAGGUUCCGAAAUUCAAAUUCUUUCAGGGGUCAGGCAAGUGAUAGUAAAUGUUUAAGUAAGUUGUAUAACAAUGGGAAUUAUGCUAUACCUAAAUGCCUUUUCUAAAAGCAUUAAAAAAAUUUUUAACACUGAUCUGGCUAAAGAAAAUAGUCCUGAGGAUAUCAAUAUGCUGCCCCCCACAAUUAGUUUAUUGGUUAGAAGCUUUAAGGUACCAUAUCGUCUGGAUAUACUUCAGCUCUGUCACUUGCUGGCUAAGUAACUGUAAGCCCAUUUCUUUACCUCACUUUUCUUGUCUGUAAAAUGGGGAUUAAUAAUUCCUGCCUUCAUACAGUUGUUGCAAAGACUCAGUAUGGUAACACCUAUAAAACAAUUAAAACACAGCCUGGCAAACAUAAGAGCUUAAUAAAUGAUAGCUGCUA